AUGACAAAAUUGAGUGUGAAAAAUGCAAGAAAUUCAUCUGUUUUGAUUGUUAGUCAAAAUGGCAUGAAAAUUAAUCUUGUGAGUAGUUUAAGUAGAGUAACUAAUUAGAAUGGGCAUUCAAAGAAGGAAUUUAAAAAUGUCCCAAAUAAGCAGAUUAAAUUCUAUUUGAUUUUGAUAUUUAUGCCAUUCAUAUUGUUUUUUUCUCCAAUCAUAUGCUUUACUCUGGGAGGAUUCAUGGUGCCUGUAAUAUGUUUCAAACAAUGCGUAGAAUGCUCUAAAAAUGGGCCCUCAUUUUUAAUUGUAUUCUUAUUGUUAUCUUGGCUACCAUUCUUUAUUGUUAGUUUGACUGUUGGACUGGUUAUUGGAUUGAUUUUAGCCCCUAUAAUAUUGGGUAUAGGUUUAAUUCCUGCUGAAAUUUUCCAUAUUUUUGUAUAUUAAAAGACUACACACUGGUUGAAAUAAGGGAGUUAUACAAAUAAAGAUUGA